GGCAGCAGGGAUACGGUAACCUGCAGGAGGACUCACAUGGUCCUGCAGCAGAGGAGCACAGACCACCGGGACUCUCCAAACCUGUGUCACUCAGCUCGGCUUUAUUAAUAUUUUUGUAGACACUCCUCCGUCUUUAUUGUCCUUUGUGUCACAUCCCUGCUCCCGCAGCCCAGUGUCGGUCGGACUUGCGCCGGUAAAGCAGCGCCAUGGCUCGGGAGAACGGAGACACCGGCAGAGGAGCGACGUGGAAAAAACAAGUCGACGACAUCAAGAAGAUUUUUGAUUUUAAAGAAGUCCUCGGCACAGGGGCGUUUUCCGAGGUGGUCCUGGCCCAGGAGAAGCUGACAGGCCGGAUGUUUGCAGUGAAGUGCAUCCCGAAGAAAGCUCUAAAGGGGAAGGAGAGCAGCAUCGAGAACGAGAUUGCCGUGCUGAGGAAGAUCAAGCAUGAGAACAUUGUGGCACUGGAGGAUAUCUAUGAGAGUCCUGACCACCUCUACCUGAUCAUGCAGCUGGUGUCCGGCGGUGAGUUAUUUGACCGAAUCGUGGAAAAAGGUUUCUACACAGAGAAGGAUGCGAGUACGUUGAUCCGACAAGUCCUGGAUGCUGUAAACUACCUGCACAAGAUGGGAAUUGUACACCGAGACCUCAAGCCAGAGAACUUGCUGUAUUUUAAUCCCCAAGAUGAGUCAAAGAUCAUGAUCAGCGACUUUGGUCUUUCCAAGAUGGAGGGCAGUGGUGACGUCAUGUCCACGGCCUGUGGCACGCCAGGAUAUGUGGCUCCAGAGGUUCUUGCCCAGAAGCCAUACAGUAAGGCCGUAGACUGCUGGUCCAUUGGAGUGAUCGCCUACAUCCUGCUGUGUGGUUACCCGCCGUUCUACGAUGAAAAUGACUCCAAGCUGUUUGAACAGAUCCUGAAAGCCGACUACGAGUUUGACGCACCAUACUGGGACGACAUAUCAGACUCAGCCAAGGAUUUUAUUGGCAGUCUGAUGGAAAAAGAUCCAGCCAAGCGUUUCACCUGUGAUCAGGCACUCAGACACCCCUGGAUCGCAGGGGAUACAGCGCUCUGCAAGAACAUCCAUGAGUCAGUCAGCCGACAGAUCAGGAAGAACUUCGCCAAGAGCAAAUGGAGGCAAGCAUUUAAUGCCACCGCCGUGGUUCGGCACAUGAGGCGGCUGCAGCUUGGCAGCAGCAUGGGAAGCAGCAUGGAUGCCUCCAACCCACCGACCAGGCCAAGCCAGACGCAGAGGCCGGCCCAGAGCCAGAGCCAGAGCCAGAGCCAGGCAGGCCAGAACCAGCCAGCUCAGAGCCAAAACACCGGCCAGGCGGCGCAGAGCCAGAGCACAAACACCACCGCCAGCAAAACCUCUUCCACAGACAACAACAUAGCAGCUCCCCCCAAGGAAUGUGUAAUUGCACCGGUCACACCCUGCAGUCUGGCGUCUGCAGCCUCUUCUCCCGCCGCUGGGGCAGAGCUGAACCGACCACAUCCCUCAACAGUUCCCGCCCCGGUGCUCACAGAGACCAAGUGACGCCAGGUCCCGCGGGGGACCAGCUGGGAGGCCACAGCGCUGUGAGACAGAGCGACGGAAAGAGACGGAGGACGACAGGAGAGGAAGAGGAUCCCCCUCUUCUUCGUUCCUCCCUCUCCUCGCUGCAUUUCCACUUGGAUGCGCCCCCCCAGCAAGUUCCCUGCCCUGCUCCUGGGAGAGCAGAGGACUUUACCUCCACCCCCACCGAUUCAAGCCACACAGCGCCAUGCUGUACGCCCACCACCCACCCACCAGGACGCCGUGUAGGAUUCCUCCUGCCACAGCAACAGCACGGCCUCUUACUGAGGAUGUUUGUACAGCCGGCUGUGAUCGGAUACUGUUAAAUGAUAAAUGGGAGUCGACUGCUUGAGCAGUAAUUGGUGGUUCACAGUGGGGCUUGGGGUGUCAUAUUAUUCAAUGUCAGUCAACAUCAACUUCCCUCUUGAAUCUGGUCUUUCCUGCACAAUUUUAUUUAGCUUUUUUCCAAAUUAGGUUUGACUGUUGACAACUGGAUUGUUUUAUUUUUUAUUACUGUUGAUGUUAAAGGUGCUAUAUGUAAGUUUUAACAUCAUUGUCACACUGCAACUUUGGUAUGAUUAAUGUAAAUAAACAAGUCCACAGCCAAGACGUCUGGUCGCCUCCAGCAGAUUUCCCUCCAAAUGUGACCUACAGUAGUGACCAUAAAAUGCAGAGAAGAGGCUGACAGGUCUUCUGAGUGAUGACCUGAUUUGUUUACACUAAUUUUACUAAUGUGACAUUGAUUUAUCCUACUCAUAGCACCUUUAAGACAUUUUAUAUGUCCUUUCGGGUUUGUUUGUCUGUUUGUUUGUGCUUUAAAAAGUGCUUUAAAAGUACCAUAUGACUGUUGAGAUGUGGAAACAUGAGUAAGCGCUUUAUGUAUUUUGCACACAGAGGGUCAGAUAUGUUCUCAGACACAGAUUAGCCACCAUCCACUUAUGUUUAUCAGAGAGUAGAGAUUGUAACCCUUUAUAGAAGAAAAAUAAUAACCCAGAGUGGAUGUCAGAGCAUUGUACAACUUGUUUAUUGUCUGAAAGAUUCUGAUCCGUUUAUUAUUUUCUUACUUUAUAAGACUUUUAUAACAAUCACCCUUUAAGGGACACACAUACAGGUUACUAUGAAAAAUGCAGCAGGUUUAGGAUUAGGAUAGGAUAGAGGUAUUUACUGGAAAACUGCCUCCAGUUGAGAAUGUUAAAGACUACACAAUAGUUUUAGCGUUUGAUUUCCUAAGCCGAGGAGCCACAUGCAGCGCAGUGCAGUUUGAGGGUGGCUAAAGAACACAAACCAUCUCUGAGAUAUUUAACUGAUAGAGACGCUGUCGCCUGCUGCUGCUGCUGUUCCUCCCCCCCAUAAAGAAGCCAUGAUCUCACCAUUUUCACAUCGUCAAGCUGCACCCAGUUCAGAAGUGCUCAGGGAAAACUGCGGCUGCACUGUGAGCUGGUGAAUACCGAUUUCCUGGUUUAGGUUUUUCUGUCAGUGUUGUUGGUCCAGGUGUUGUGGCAUCACAGUUAAUGAUCCAGCUCAUAAGACGUUAGCUGUGUCCUUAUUGCAGUGUUGUAGUGACUCGUGACUUGAAUUUUGAAGACUCAGACUUGGACUCAGACUGUUCCACCAAGGACUCCAAGAUGUUUUUAACUUGUUCCAGUAUUUUGUUAUAGUACGAUCCCCAACCAAGGCUUUUUGCUUGACUUAAUUGGACAGAACUGCCAAAAAAAAAAGAGGAUAGGUUAGUUCUUGCUGUAUCCGGUCAUCCCUGCCUUUAUGAACCGACAGCAGACAGCUAUUGCGACCAAAAUCCCUAGGUUUGUUAGCGUAGCUUGGUUCUUGCAUUUGGUGAAAUGGUCCAACAAUGGCAGAUUUAAAGUAUUCAUCUGAUUAGGGGCGGUGAAGCCAAAGUAUUUCAUGUUCAACAAGUCGCCUGACGUCCACAACCUACUUCCAGUUGCACUCUGGGCAGUGGUGGAUGAAGUACCGGAAAGCCACACUUAAGUAAAAGUAAAGAUAUCUUACCAGAAAAUGACUCUGAUAGAAGUUAAAGUCACCUAUUAGAAUAUUACGUAAGUAAAAAUCUUAAAGUAUCUGAUAUUAACUGUACUUUAGUAUCAAAACUAACUUUAUUAUAGUAAGUGUACUUAAGUAUUGAAAGUAAAAGUACAAGGAAACGCCAAUGUUUAUUCCUUCUUAACAUGUACCCCACCUUAAGUAUGGAGCCUACAUUACACUUGAAGAAAAAAGGUCAUUUUAACAACCUCCCUUCCUUCCCUUUUUUUGUAGUAAGUAACAAUGAUGCUCAAGGGAGUUGUACUGGAGCAUAAGUAUACAUUUAAUGUAGGAAAUGUAGCUGAGUAAAAGUGAAAGUUGACAAAAAUAUGACGAUUCAAGUCAAGCACAGAUACUCCCAUAAAAUACCUAAGUACUGUAAUGAUGUAUUAUUACUUUGUAACAUUACACUACUGUCUGAGGGUCAGGCUUAACACAAGGUUUUGAAAAGUCCAAUGUCUCCUUGAUCCGAUGCUCAGCGAAACCAACAGCCAAAAGGGAUCCCUACUCCUUUAAAGGUAUACUAUGCAGGAAUUGUCGAUUACUGUUUGUAAUCACACAUUUAAAGCUGGCCCCUCCUCCUUAGACAGAUUGUACAUAUACUGCAAACUACCAAUAUAGGAACAAAAACAGAAAAAUACCCGUGCACAGCUGAAGUCAAAGUGCUGGUACUGUGGCAAAAGUAUAAACGUGUAAAGAAAAAAACACAUAUGUUGUGGCUACAUACCGCACACCAGACAGGACUUUGAAAGAGGAUCAAGAAUUUAAUAGAGCAACGCUUUUCGCUUACAGCUUCAUCAGGCUCAUGAGCCUGAAGAAGCUUUCUUUACACGUUUACCAAUAUAGGAAUGUUGCAUUUGUUGUGAUAGAAAAGCUGAUAUGUUAGCAUGCUAACUAAGCUAACUGCUGGCACUUACCUGUCCAACAACCGGCGAAAGUGAAAGCCAACCUCAGAAUCACCCUUGUGUUGGAACAAGUUUUGUCUGCUUGACGUUUGGCCUCGCUAUGUUUGCAUUUUUUCAUAGAUUCCUCUCGGAUGCGUGCUGCUUACAGAGUGGCACUUUGUCGUUACCUUUUUAUAAAGUCCCAACCUCACCUGCACACUGUACCCAGAGACAUCCUCAACACAGCAAAAUUUAAAGGAAAUAAAAAAAUACAGGCUGAGGGCAGAGUCUUCUCAUGGGUCAUAGGUGAUAGUUGAAAGGGAGUACUUGUAUAUGAGUCUAUACAUUGUGUUUUUUUUUUUUUUUAGGAAAAUCCUGCAUAGUAUUCCUUUAAUGUCUCGUUCGCCAUCCAUUAGAAUAAUCGACUUUUUGUAUGUAUUAAUCCAACACUGCGUGAACUCGUGCAUGCAGUGUUAGACAUUGUUUUUUUCUUUAAAUGCUUCUCAAAAGUUGUACCUGAUUACCCUGUGGGUUAACAGUACAGGCCAACUCAAAACAUCAGAGAUCUCACUGGCUGAGUGGUAGUCCAUUUUUAAGUACUCUACAUUUGACAAGACGGACUGACUUUAAUUUGUUGUUGACUGAACCCUCUGAUGACUCUAACAUGACUACAGAAGCUUGGCUUGUGUCACUGGUUGUAAUGUCCUUUUAGACAGAACUCAGCAGAACUGUACGACGUUGGGUGCUCACUCACACAUAUCAGAUUGUCACAUCUUUGUUAGAUGUAAUUCUACUGAUCCCUUUAUUGUGAAUUAGCCAAAGACUAGUGCUAGGUACGAGGACAAUUUGGUUCAUUCUACUUGACGAAUUGGUGAGAACAGAACUAGUCAGAUAUGAAGCUGUUCGAGAAACAAGUGGACUAAAACUAAGGGCUGAGAAACUGAUUGACCUUUGAUCCCUUCCUGAUCUGUUGCCAUUUACCUUUUUUUAUUAUCUGCAUGGAGUGCUGCUGAAAAGUAUCUGCAAAAUAUUCAUAGUGCUCAUUUUAAUCUGUGUGGUAUGUCAGGAGAGUGUGAGACCACAGCUGGAUGAAAGUCAAAUCACGCUAAAAACGACAGUAAAUCAACACUCACCCAAGCUCACUGGAAUUCAGUCUUGGCUCGCUGCGUCGUUGUGUGUAUUAAAUUCCACCUAAUUGGCACUGAAGUUGACUAAAACAAACCAUGACUAUUUGUGAGCACUAUCCAGUCUAAAUCUGUCUCCCUCCUCACCAUGUUCUCUGUUGGUGGACGGCAGCACCUUCUUCAUUUAGUAAGCUCUGCAAAAUAAUUCCAGUGUGUUUGGAGUUUCUACUCUUCCCCACUGUUUCCUAACCAACAAUGUGUUAGUCCCCAUCUCUAUACUUCCAGCACAUCUUAACAAGGAGAAAUACAGUACCCACCUACUCUCCCUGAAUGUGUACAUCAAUAUGAAGCAUGUAAAUCUACAACUUUAGGUUAGCAGUCUGGUUGUAAACUGUCAUUCACAGUGAUGGAUUACACUGACUGCAAGAGAUGGCUCACAGUGUAAUGCCUUAUUUCCUCUGCAUGGAUCAGCACCACUUAAGUCACUUUUGGCACCAGUCACUUUUCUCUGUUUCUUUUUCCACUGCGGAUUGUUCCCCCUACGUGCUGGCUGGAUUCUCAGCUGAUUACGAUAGUGAUGCAGUGUGAAACUGCCGUGACAUCAUCUUAAACCCAACACUUGCUGAAUCCUUUCAUCUGCAACCAAACAGAGGAAUGUUUUCUCUGAUAUCAGACAGAAUUGUUACCUCGUUACUCUUUAUUUCCAUCUGCAGUCUGACAUUGCAUCCACUAUAAUCUAUUUCUGUAGGGAAGGGGAUUCGUUUUCCCCUAACCAGUCACUAGAGACCAAAGCAUCCGCCUGAAUCCCUGAAUCUGACGGCAGUUUAAGUCCACGCUGAUAGACAGACAUGCCAAAAUACUGGUUUUGCUGGGAUCUUAAGAGUGGAGCUGAGCGAAGUAAAAAUAAACUACAGUGUUGGGCAAUAUUUGGAAGACAUUUUGAUUUAGAACAGCUUUGAUAGCAGCGUCUUUCUUGUCCAUAGCACUCACCAUUAUUAUUACUCCUCACUGGUUGCAGUGCACCACUUGACAAAAGCUUGUCAAUGGCAUCAGUCCCACCUGUGGCACUCACUGGGUCAAAAGAUUGUCAACCAAGAAACAGCUGUUUCAUGUCAGUGCCAGAAGAACCAAUCAGUUUGGCGAGAGGGUGGAUUUGAACAUAGACAAAGGAACAUCUGAACUUUGUCAGUUGUUCUACGGUGUAGUUUUGUGGGCUGCCAUUUUUUUAAGUUUGGGUUUAGUAAAAAUUGCAGUUGCUAAUUAUGUUAGCAUGGCUAUUUAAAAUGUCGUGUUUGUGCAGGCUUAGGAUCGCUAAUUUUGGGUGAACUGUGAACUGAACGCAUCAGUAUUCAACUUAUGAACUUGAACCUGAGGGUUGUUCACUCUUGCAACAGUUAUUGACGCUCGUUUUUGUAGCACCCAAGGAUUUACAGCACCCGACAUGCCGAUACAACACCGGCAUAGCUAGUGCUAAUAAAAAUUCAGACAACGUAGUAACCAGUACUGCUGAAGCCAGUUCAUGUGGAUAUUUGAAUGACUUUUAUGAGUCAAAUCAUUAAGUUACAAAUUCCAGUGGAGAAAAUCUCGUAGUUAUCUGCAAAUUGUGCCCACAGGGUCUGACAAAACAAGUCUGAACCCCAGCUACAUCGGCAACGAAUUUGAACACAUCAAGUUAAAGCAUCUGCAGUCUUGGGAAGUGCGUGAAUGAUGAUCAAAAGAUAGAACAGAGAUGAUAAAACAAUUAAAGAAUUUAGUUCAAAAUUUAAAUUGUGAAGUACGAACGUGAAAUAGCUCAUUUUAAUCUGUGUGAAAUGAGCUUCAAGCUAGCUCUUGUGAAGUGUGAGCGUGCACAACACUGAUUGUAUUGACAGUUCUCUCUGACCAGUGGUCUCCAGUGUUUUAACUCCACCUUCUGAAAGGCACUAUAUAAAUAAAGUUUGAUUGAUUGAUUGAUUCUGGUAUUGGCUCAGUUCAGUUGUAAUCUCGACUGAGGUGGUAUCAAAAAAAUGUACCAGGUACUAUCCACAACUUUUGCUAAUGUAAAACCAAUGAAGAGUGAGUCGAGUUGAGUAGAGCCGUGCCGUACCAUGCAGUGGAAAUGUGGCACAAUUCAUGCUGUUUAAGGAGCAAGUGAGCCUGAGAAGUUUUAGCAUACAUCCACCUUAAGGAAUAGGACAUUUUUGUCAGAAACUUAUUCCUGUGUGUGCUGCAAACACACACCAAGCACUAUAGCAUAAAUUGUGAAACUUGCAGAUGUGGUAACCUCACUGACAUGCUUGAUGCUUAAAGACAAAUCAUUACAGGUAUUUUGUGCAUGUUGUCCUAGCAACUAAUCCAGUCAUGAAAGAGUUUUAGCUUAAUAAUCUUGGUCAGGUUACGUUUUUGAGAAAAGGCCAGUUAGCCUGAUUUAUUGUGCUACUUUAAAUGUGCAGUCGUAGAGAAUUUUUUAGUGUUUCAUAUUGAUUUACAACACCUACAUGCCAUGGCUCCUACUGCACGACUACACCGUUCACCUUUCAGAAUAUAUAUAUAUAUAUUAAUUCUGACGUUUUUACAGUGGGGUCUUGUGUUACAUUUUUCUCCACCAAGCAAACUCAGAAGUCGGUCCAUGUAAUUAUCCAUGUGUUACUGCGGGGAACUUUCAACCAUGUAAGGGCUUUAUUCCAAUGAUCACCUUAAUCUGAUUAUUCACUCUAACCAUGUAUACAUACCCAUUGAUUGCUAUGCAUUUUUUAACAUUUUUAAGUGUGUUGUCAAAGCUUUUUCUUGGAGGUGGGAUCCGGAAACAACAUCAGCACCUAUAGUUAAAAAAAUAAAUGUAGUUUUAGGGAACAAAUAAGGGCAAGACACUGAAUCCCUGACAGAUCUUAGACUUUUUCAAUCACUGAACUGUUAAUUAUAAUUAUUACGUCGGUGUACCAGAUUUUUCUCUGGCACAGAAGGUGUUAAUGAAUCGUCAGCCAACACUGUAAGAAUAUAUGUUUCAUUAAAUGUGAUGUCGUCCACUUCAGUGUGGACGUUUGGGUUUACGAAUGUAUUGCGAGGCAGGUCGAGGGUUCAGGUUCAUGCUGCUCUGUGGUUUUAUGUCCGCUGUUUAAAAAAAACAACAAAAAAACAUUUUCUGAAUGAAUCUUUCCAUGUUAAAGAUGCUACUGUAAAUAGAUUGUGAAUAUGAAUGAUCAUUUUCAAGAUAAUAUUUACAAAUGUUUUGCUGUUCAGGCAUGUGAGAGUGAAUGAGUGAGUGAGUGAGUGAGUGAGUGUGUCGAGGGAAGUUGAUUGUAUUCUCUAUGGAAUGUCUAAUGUAAAAAAAAAAAAAGAAGAAGCUAAAAUCCCCUUUAUUCCCCACUGCUGUCAUAUAUACUGUCCAGCGCCGUGUGACUGUCACCUGCAGAGCCACACGGUGCAGUUUAAUGCCAUCAGUGUUCCUCCACCACUUCAGCGUCAGUCCAACUAGAAGUGAAAGCAUCGUUUACCGAACUCAGGCUUACGUUUUUUGCCAUUCUAAAGGAAGAAAUCCAAAGCUGUGACCGACUCAGAAACACACUGUUAUGGACGAGCUCUCGUCCGCCCCUCUACCCUUUGAGCUCGCACUCCUUUUUUUAUUGAGGACUCCGUCACAAAAGAUGAAAACACAAGCAUGUUGAAAAAAGUGCUUUAAGAAUUCAACUUCACCAUGAGUGUUUGCAUAAUCUUAUAGCCCUUGUAUGAUGUUAGUAUCUCUGUAUUAUGUAAAGACGUACACAGGCUGUGACGUCUGAGUCCACAAAGAGCUAAGUUUCACUUCUACAAACAGUUUCAAUCGGCAGAAAUAAUCUCAUUGAUUAAUGGAACCUAGCCAAGUGGCAUUUAUUAAAAAAAACUGGAGACCAUGUUCUAAUGUAAGUUGCUCUAAUGCUGCUUAUGAGUGACAUCCAGCCGAUUCACUGCGUACAUGAAUGACACGGUGUGAAAAUAAUUGAUAAUAAUUAAGGUCUAAAGUGUAAAGGAUCGUUGUUUUUUUCCUUCCUGACCUUGACAUUUAUUACAUUCAUUUACCUAGUUAGCAGUAGCCCAGCCUUUUCUCCUAGGAAUUACAUUUAUAAACAAAAUAUUUGAAACAGCAAUUUGUUUGAGGGAAACUUAAUGCAGAGCAAACCAGGAACCCUCUUGCUGUGAGGCGACAGUGCUAACCACUGCAAAUCAAUUUCAAACCAAAGACCAACAUUUUUAAAACAAAAUAUAAAGUAUGUUAACUUAAGUCAGGACCAACCAGUUUCAACCAAUAAUACCAUGACAUCCGCUCGUCAAUUGAUUUGCAACUUUAAGCUGCACAGAGCUAAGAUUCAGUAGUUAGCUAGUUAGCAACAGCAUGGUACGCUGGUGUGUCUUUGUUUCCCCAAAAUACUGUGGUCAUCACGGGCUCUCUGGUUAGAAUUUUUUCCACAUGGAGGAAAGUGGUGUCUGUGACAGCUCCAGAAUAUGCACAAGGCAUUUUACAGUGGACUGCUGCAGAAACGGGAGCGUAUGGUGGCCUUCAUCUCUCUCUCUCACUGACGGGCGCCACUAUCCCAUCACUGGAUAUACUCUAGUUACACUGUCGGGACCUCGCUGUUUUGACACCCAGUUUUAAAUGAUCAAAUCAAAUUCCUCCCAAUGCUAUAUCCCACCUGCCUGUCCUGUGUCACUUGGAAAUUCAUUAUGAAACCAACAAUACUGACACUAGAUACUCAAGAAAAGCUGUUUUAUCCGGACUUAAACCCAAGUGCUUUUGUUGACCUGGUUGCAAACCAAGUAUUACAGUGUCACAGUCCUGCACUUUGUGUGGCCGUCAUUCAUCUCGACUGCCUCGCUGUGACCCACGCAUGGUACAUAAAUGUAAUGUUUUAUUAACUCAAAGAAAUUUUGUCUCUGAACAUAAUCCAGACAGCAAUUAUGUUGUCACCAUAGCAUACAUACGAAAACAUAGUAACAUACAACGGUAAUUUUUUGGAGACAUGGUUGCAAUAGCCUUGUAUGGCUAAUUGAAGCUAACAAGGCUAGGCUAGGUAGCUAAGUAUGCUAUCUGUUUUAUCCCAUGAAGGCAAAGCCCAGUCCUGUUGCUAACUUCCAAGGAAGUAAAGCACACGUCUUCUGCCUAGGCAAAUGUUACACAGUUAGCGGUGGAUGUAGUCUACUGCUUAAUUUUACACAAGAAUUUGUUUGCUAUAUCGGCUGAAUUUCUGUCAAUUGUUGCCAAAUGCUUUAGGAGUCACAAUGUUAGCAUUGUCUUUCAUGGACUGAAAAAGUUUCUAGGUUUGUUAGCAUUAGUAAAUCUAGUGCAGAGCUACCAUGCUAGUAGCUGUGCUUCAGUGUAGCUAAUAUUAAAAACAGUCCUUUACCUCGUGAUCUAACUCAACUAAUGAGAGCAGCUCUGCCUCUGAGAAUUGUUUGUAAAACUGAAACUUUAUACAAGCUACUUUUUGGGACCCUGAGUCUCCCUGUGGGUGUCCUCGUCCAGAGCCUGCUGAGUUUAGCCGGCUGUAUUGUAUUUACUCUCUGCAUGUGACCACAACAAACUCCCAUCCUGUGCACCGUCGUCACGCCGACGACACCCUCAUUUCUCAGAGCGGGCACCGCCUGCCGCACUUCUUGUGCUGUGAUGAUGAUGAUGAUGAUGAUGAUGACUUUCUGUUAAUGGGGCUUGUAUAUCAGAUGCCUUCGACAAUCAUGUGCACAUAUCAGAGUUACCAUGACGACACAGGCCAGAGCGACUGAUUGUGUUUUGUUUGUCUUUCUCCUGGAAUAAAUCCUGAAUGAUCGUAA